CUUGUCACCAUUCGAGCAGUCAUAUUUGUUGACACGGAAUAAAUAAGUUCGAAGUGCUUUUGGAUACAUUAUCCUAAAGAAUUGUCGUUACUUUAACAUGUCCGAGUACGAUAAAGUUCGGAUAGGUAAACUCGUAUUGAAAGGCGAAAAACCCAAGUCAAAAAAGCGGAAACACAAGAAGCAAGAGAACAAGGACAAAGCAGAGAGUGUGCAAGAUGAGGAUGCUAUUCUUCACGGAGGCUGGUGGAAAGCAACGUCAAUUGCUGAGAUAACUGGAACAGUUGCAAUCGAAUUUGGGAAUUCAUGCUAUGUCAAAGCUUUGGAUAAUGGAUUGUUUACACUGGGUGCUCCUCAUGAUGAGAAGGAAGGUCCGUCACCAGAAGAAAUCCUUACUGCAUUUCCAGUCAACGAUACAAAAAUUGCAUUGAAAUCGGGUUACGGAAAAUACAUUGGCGUUGAUAAGAAAGGAGUUGUCAUUGGAAGAAGUGACGCAGUUGGAGCCAUGGAGCAAUGGGAGCCAAUAUUUGAAGAUGGGAAACUGGCGUUACUGAGUAAUACUGGGUGUUUCAUGUCUGUCGCAGACGACGAUGAUAUAAUAUGUGAAAGAACCAAGGCUGGUCCAUCAGAAAUAUUGACAAUAAGAAGCCUGACGCAAAAAACACAGGAUUCAAGCAAGAAUGUACCUACCGAAGAGCAAGGAUCCCUUGCUGAAGUCGAAAUUAAUUACGUGAGAAAGUUUCAAAAGUUUCAGGAUAAAAAGCUUAGAAUCAACGUCGAAAGUCGUGCGGAAUUGGAACAGGCGAAAAAUGAGGGGAAUCUUCACGAAGCGCUGUUGGAUCGAAGAAGUAAAAUGAAAGCUGAUCGAUACUGUAAAUAAUUAAAUUUAUAACAGUUGAACUUUUAUCAUAAAUAAUUCUUACUUAAUAAUGUAAACGACGUUAUCGUGAAUAUGCUG